UUUACAAUUUAGUUAUUAUUAUGAGUUAUAGUCCAUUAAGUUAUGCUUAAACAUCACUUCAAUUUGAAGAUGUCAUUGCUUAUAUUCCUCCAUAUGGCAAUUAUACUUAAAUUCCUAUUGGAGUACUUUAAGAUUAAUAUUUGGCUUUGUUAUUUCGAUCACCUGUAGGUUAAAAAGCUUAACAUCUAGUUGCUAUGUAUAAUAUAUCAAAAAUCAAAUAAACAUACAAUCUAUCAAAUCAAUUAAAUUAUAAUAGCACCAUUUAAAUGGAAGGAGGUUAUUAUUUUAAUGAAAGUUUCGAAAAUAUUCUUUAAAUUGCCCUAGUUAGUCAAACUAACAAUAUAAGUUAAUUUUUAUUAGUAUUAUCAAAAAAUGAAACCAUGAAUUAAACAGAUGUUACAUUAUUAGUCUAUAAUUAAUCCAUUUAUUUUUAAUGCUCUGAUGUAAGCUAAUUAUCUAAAAACUAUGAUUAUUAUUUAGUGGCUUCAAAUUCAUUUUAUAAUUAUAAUAUUUCUAUUACUAUUUAACAUGAAUAAUUAAGUAAUCCUACUUGGGCAUGGAUAUUAUUGGUUUUAACAAUAAUAAUUUGUACAGCUUUGGUAAUAGAAUUUUGGAAGAAAAUUAAAAUGCAAAAUUUAGAAUAAAAUAAAUCAACUGAACUAUUAGAAAUAGAAAUGUGA